AUGGCAGAGGCAUUUCUUCAAGUGGUUCUUGAUAAUCUAAGUUCUCUUAUCAAGGAAGAGAUUGGACUGAUCUUGGGGGUCGAUGUUGAGAUGAAGAAGCUCGGCAGCACUCUCACUACCAUCCAAGCUGUGUUGGAGGAUGCCGAAGACAAGCAACUCGAGAGCAGGCCAAUUCGAGACUGGCUUCAGAAGCUUACUGCUCUUGCUUAUGAGAUUGAUGACAUUUUGGAUGAGUGUAACACUCAUGUCUCCAAACUCAAAAACUCUCCCUCAAAAUUCAACCGCUACAACCUCAAGAAAAUUCUGUAUCGCCACAACAUCGCAAGGAGGAUGAAACAAGUCAAUCAGAAAGUGGAGGUUGUUGCUGCGGAGCGCGGUAAAUUUCACUUGCGGGAGAUACCCAUUGAUAGGCCAAAAAAAAGUUUCACUUGCCUCACGCGAGACGGCUUCCCUGUUGAACAAGUCUAA